ACAUAUUGUGAAAUAUUUUGAAAUUGUGUGUACUUUAUCCCGGAAGUAAAGAGGUGUGUUAUUAAACCAAGUUUAGUUUCGGUUUCACCACAGUUAUAAAUGAUCAGCCUUUUGUAAUGGAUGAAAAACGACCUUUAUUGGGCUCAAAUCCAAAUAAAAUGAGUUAUCCACAGGGCUAUCCAGGUGGCCCACCUGCAGGACAGUAUCCUGGAGGACCACCCCAAGGUCAGUACCCAGGGGGACCACCCCAAGGCCAGUACCAAGGCGGACCACCAGCAGGGCAGUACCCAGGGGGACCACCAGCAGGGCAGUACCCAGGGGGACCACCAGCAGGGCAGUACCAAGGUGGACCACCAGCAGGGCAGUACCCAGGUGGACCACCCCAAGGACAAGGCUACCCAGCUGGAGGCCAACCACCUGUAGGACCUGAUGCAGUUCAACCACAGUGGCAAGGUGAGAUGCCAGACCAGGACGUGGAUGAUAACCCUAAUGCAGCUGCUGCCCAACCUUCAGCUCCACCUCUGGAAAAGAUGGACGAAGUACAAGGAUAUCACAAUAUUGGGUUUGAUGGUUCAAUGUUACCACCACCAUCAUAUGAUGAGGCAACCAGGGAACCACCACAGAGAUCUGAAAUAGCUGGAUUGCCAAAAAUUGACGAGAAUGAAGCUAGGCAAGCACUGUUAGAGUUUGUUGCCGAGAACUGUUGCUAUGGUAAAGGUGCUGCAGAGAGCUUGCAGUUUAAAGACCUUGUACAUUCUAGUGCAUUUCAUUAUACUUUGGAAACAUUUGGUGAAGGUAGAUCAACAUCUUGGGCAUUUGUGCCCUAUUCUGGACAGCCUAUAGAUGGGCCUCACAAUGGGCCAGCUCCUGGUCCCUGGAAUAUUGAAGCAAAGCCUCCAAACUUGUUCCAGAAUCAGAAAACUGAAAUAGAGGUCCCUCACACUGCGUCUGUCAAGCCCUGUCAUAACUGUAUGGCUAUGGGAAGGAUUCGAUGCCACAGAUGUUUUGGGCGUGGAAGGGUACGCUGUAGUAGUUGCGCUGGUCGAGGUCACAAGACAGUUUACCGGAAUGGUGAGCAUGAGCAUGAGAGGUGUCAUUGGUGUCAUGGAGACGGAAGAAGGAGAUGUAUGACAUGCCAUGGAUUUGGAAUGAUAACAUGUGUCUGUUGUCAAGGUCAUUGUCAGCUGAAAUGUUACAUUAAACUGACAAUACUCUGGACUAACCAUUUACAAGACCAUAUUGUGGAGAGAACAGCUCUACCAGAUCACCUUAUACGUAAUGUUCAAGGUCAGGUUGCAUUUCAAGAACAACAGCUUAGAGUAUGGGCAAUUAAUCACUUCCCAGAUGCUGAGAUAAAUACUGCGUCUCAGAGGCUGGUUGCCCAGCAUGCCACAGCAUUUCCCACAGAGAGAAUACUCAUGCAGAGGCACCAGGUGAGGAUUAUACCCGUGACACAGGCCUACUACAAGUGGAAAGGGCAAGAUUUGGAUUAUUUUGUGUAUGGAUUUGACAAGAAAGUAUACGCACCGUCAUACCCACAACAAUGCUGCUGUGGAUGUAAUGUCUUGUAGAAUGUCACAGGUGAAAUGGUUACAGGUCAAAUACCAAUUGGCGACAUUUGAGUAUUAAAUUUGAUACCAUAAUAAGUCUUAAAUUUGGUUUUUAUAUGCAGAAUUGUAUUUUCCAAAUUUAAGUGUAACCUUCUGAUAGGUUAAUUUUCAGUCAGUAAAUAAUAACAAUAAUUACUUGUUGAUAUUUAGUAAGUGGUGAAUAUCAUCACUGAUUGGUUGUUUUUUAACUAAAACCACUGAGAAACUGAAAAUUCUAAAUGCUUACCCAGGAUGACAUUAAAAAAGUCCUAUUUUGUGCAAUUAAUGCUAUUCUUGUAUAUUUUACACUGCAAUGUUGUGUAAUGGAGAUUAUGAUGUAGAGGAGUUUUAGUAUUAUAGAAAAGUUGACAUAUUUAAAUAGAUAUUACAGUAUAACUGUUGUAAAUUUUAUGUUAUUAUAUUAGACUAUACCUUAACUAAAGGUUGAUAAAAAUAUAUAUGUGUUAUUGACGUAUGUCACUAUGUUAUAUUAAUAUGAAUUAUGCCCCAGUUAGUUGUAACCAUGCUCAUGUUCCUCUCCUAGCCAUGGCAUGGGCCUGAAGACAAAGAUACUGGGAUUACAAAACCAUCACCUUAGUGCAGUAACGGGUUAACUUCGGUAAAAUUAUGUAAGGAGUUAAUCUGUUACUGCACUAAGGUGACUAAUGAUAGAUGCAUUAUUAUAUCUUGUUGAUGAUUUUAAAACCUUGUUUUGUAUAUAGAUUUCUAAUUGUUUUGCAAAUUUCUUCAUUUACCAUUUGAAUAAAAAACAUACAUUUUGCAGAAUUCUUGUUCAGUUUUAUAUUGGGGAAGCGUUGUUUAUAUUUUUGUAUUAUGUAAGUCAAAACCAUGUUUUUAUUUGAUAUUUCUUUCAUAUAUAAUUAGGAACAAACUUUUAAAGUGUAAUUAAAUUGGGAUUUUAUUAUUAGUUAUUUAAUCAACAUUUUGGAUACCUCAAAUUAAUUUUCUCUCUGGCUUUUCUUCUUCUUCUUCCUAUUAGUAAGUCAUCACCAUUGUAAAUUUAGGUCCUGCUAUGCACAUCUCCAAGUAUGGAAGAUUGGGGACUACUGUGCAGAAGGUCAUUGAAAAUUUGAAAUAAUGAGAGGCACAAGAGUUUUUCUCUAUUAUAAAGCUGGAAAUCAUCGUAUGGUUUUAACAUAUAGAGAAUUUCCAGUUUUACUAGUGGAGGAAGACCUCAGGUGCCCCUCUUUACAUUAUUUCAGACACAAAAGAUACCACCAAAUUAGGUUUAUCUACAUAUAUGUGAAUUCUAACCUGUCUAUCUUAAUUUUAGCUUUUUUAUUCUGAAACCCCUUGAAAAUAACAUUGGACAGUUUCUUUUAUGCAACUUAUGCAAGGUAGAUAUUUUGUACAUGACUCGUUGAUAAUUUUUCUUCCUGAAAAAGCUGAAAGUAACAGUUUAACAACAACAACAGCAAAGAAAUGGACAUCAAUGCAGGAUGUAAUUGAAAUUUGUUAAGUGUUAACUUAUUUGGAACGUAUAUAACAUUAUCGUAUAUAUUUCAGAUUGUAUAUUUUUUGUCCUUUAUGUAUACUUUUACAUCAAUUGUUUAUUUUUAUACUGAAGAUAUUUUUUUUUAUACAUUUUUGUUUGUCUAUCGAAUAUGUUUAAUGCAAUAUUCUUUUUAAAUUAGUACUUUUUUUCAAUUUUGUGUUAAGUGUUUAAAUGACUUCUUCUGCCUGUUUUGUUUUUCCAAUUUUUAAAGUGUCUUAAUUAAAUCUUAUAAUGUCAAAGUUUAGUUGAUAUUUUCAUUAAUUGACAAAGUUAUUGUGGUUGAAAGGCUGUGGUCAUUGACAGUGAAUUACUCGACUCCAAUUGAAUAGGGUUUGAAUCCUAUUUGUGUAUUUCAGGUGUAUACCCAGCUAGCUUAUAUAAAUGUAAUAACUCAAAUGCCCAUGCGUGCCUUGGAAGAAAAAAAAAUCAUGUUGGGGACACCUGAGGUCUUUUUUUACCAGUUAAUUGUUUCAUGUUAUCAAAUGUGAGGUUUAUGUAAUCUUUUUCAACCUUUAUAAGUAUGAUUUUUUUCUAUACUUAUUUGGUGUUCCCGCCCUUUAUCUAAGACAAGUAUUUUUGCUUAAGUUGAAUAUCAGACCUAGUUCAUAAUUUUGUCAGCAUUCUAUCAGUAAACGGGUAACAUUUCAAGAAAUUGUUUGUUAAUAGUGAUUUUAUGGAUAUACACAAUAGCAUUAGAAUACAAUGGAUCUGAUAUUUUUGUUUGCAACCAAAAAUGCUUUCUCUAAGGUUUUUAGUAUGCCCGAGUGAAUCCAUAGUUACUUCCCUUUUAAAGCAACUACAUAAUUUGCCUAACAAAGUUACUUCCCUUUAACAGCAAUGUGUCAUUUGCAUGCCUGACUUAUAAAUACAAUCAUAUGUAAAGGCUAUGCUUUCUUUAUAAAUUUUAAAAAUAUAUUAUAUAUAUGUAUUACUAAAGAAAUAGAAAAAAAAAUCUAAUUUGUUAAACAUUAUAGUGGAAGAACUCCAUUGGUGUUGUGUCAGUGUUCCAAACAAAAUUUCAGAAGUUUAAUAUAUCUUGUUAAAGUAUUUUGUUUUGCAUGUGAUUUAUGUUAAGCAUUAAAUAAUACUGUAAUAAUUAUAGUAUGUAUAGAUUGGUUUGUAAUAAACUUAAUGUUAAA